GUAGACAAAGCUUUAGAAAGGAUGCGUCCUUACCUGUGUGAUAAAAUCAUAGCUGAGAGACACUUUGAUUACCUGCGUUCAAAGAAAAUACUCACUAGAGAGGACACAGAAGAAAUUUCUUCUCGAUCUUCCAGUAGGAAAAAAACUGGGAAGUUACUGGACUACUUAGCAGAAAACCCAAAAGGACUAGAUGCUUUAAUUGAAUCUAUCAGACGAGAAAGAACACAAAACUUCCUGUUACAAAAGAUAACUGACGUAGUGUUGAAAGUAAAAAAUGAAAAACUUGAAGCUCUCAAAGGUCUAAGCUGCAGCACCUGUAUGACCUCACUGUAUGGAGGAACAAAUAAUCUUUCUAGAUCAUAUUCUGAUGAAUCUAAUUUUUUUGAUAAAACAAAAGACAAAGAAUCUACCCAGAUACAUCAUCCAGAAGAAGAUUAUAGCACCGCUGCAUUUGUGUCUGCUGUCUCUCUUCAUUCCAUGAAUUUACCAAUUGCGGAGAUGGGAAAUGCCGAGAGUGCUGUUUUCUCAGCCACCCUUCCAGGGCCCGGAGACCCCGGUGCACCCCCUCUCCCCCCAGAGCUCCAGUCAGAGCAGCAAGAACCAUGUACUAGUUCAAGUGACAAUUGCUUUUUGCCUUUAAGAUCACGUUCUCUUCAACCCCAGUGAACAUAGUGACUUUUGUCUGUUCAUCCAAAUGGUACUGAAACUGUGCGAUAUCUUACAAAAGUUAAAAAAAAGUUUUCAAACUGCUAACUAGCAAAAUCAGAGGAAUCAAUCUAUGCUAUUUACUGGUUUUAAGGAGUAAUUUUUUUUUUAAUUGGGUGACUGAAGCUGCUUGAUUUUAUGUUCUUUAGGGAGCUUUUUUCAAAAGAUCAUGGUAUUACAC